AUGUCUCGAAGCGGCCCGGGGACUAGGGACUCGCCCUCAAUUCUACACCAAGCCGGACUUGGGGGAGCUGUAGCUCGGUUCUACCAGCGCACCUAUGCGGGUGACUAUAUCGCGUUAGGAUGUCUCGUGGCAGGAUGGUUUAUGAUCCCCAUCUUCGUGAAUCCUUUCCACCGCAUGUUUUCCCUCGAUAAUAAGGCCAUCCAAUACCCAAUGACUGCUCACGAACGAGUCCCUCUCAUCUGGUCUAUAAUCUUUGCCGGCAUGAUUCCCCUUGGCAUCAUUCUCGCAUGGUCUGCUCUUUCGCGCCCAGGUGUUCAGCAAACACAGGCCACAGUGCUCGGGUUCCUCGUGUCUCUCGUCCUUGGCACAUUUUUAACGGAUAUAAUCAAGAAUGUGGUAGGCAGGCCUCGUCCUGAUCUGCUAGCGCGGUGUAAGCCCGCCCGGGGCACGGCGGAUAAUGUGCUUCUCACAUGGACUGUCUGUACAGAGCCCAACCAGGCACUCCUCUUUGAAGGGUGGCGCAGUUUCCCUAGCGGACACAGUAGUUUCUCAUUCAGCGGGCUGGGCUACUUGACUCUCUUUUUCUGCGGUCAGAUGCGUGUCUUCCGGCCUCGAUCGGACCUUGGCCGGUGUCUUGUCGCAUUCACCCCUCUUUUCUGCGCUCUCUUGGUCGCCUUGUCGCGCCUGGCAGAUUACCGACACGAUGUGUGGGAUGUGACCUGUGGUGGACUUUUGGGUAUGGGAGUGGCUUGGUUUUCAUAUCGCCGUUACUAUCCGUCUCUAUGGUCAAUCCACUGUGAUGUCACCUAUGACAAAGCGGAUUUCAAAACUCAGGAAAGCUUUGGUAGGCCAAAUGAUGAAGAGCAAGGGCUCUCUCGGCCGUUUAUCUCCCGGAACCAAUAUGGCUCAGAAGAAUAUCCACUGGAGGACCUGGAGUCAACCCGGUGA